AUGGCAUCGUCACUCUCCGAGGCUCUAGAGAAAGUCCACCUUGAGGAUGUCCCCUCGAAACCAAAACAUCUCGACGAGCGAGACGACACGGAAGAAGAAGACGAAGAUAUCGAAGACACAGGUCCGUCGGCUCCAUUCCGCUUCUUCGACCUCCCGUCGGAGAUCCGUCUGCGCAUCUACUCGUUCGUCCUCUUCACUCCGCGGCGAAAGAGGGCCCUCCGUCCCAACGGGAGUGUCGGCGCAUCCUCGAAGAAUCCGCCUAUAUCGCCCUCAUCGCAUCGCAUUGCACUCUUCCUCGUGUCACGACGCAUGCACGAUGAAGCCACUCAUUAUUUCUACUCGCAUCUCAUCUUCCGUCUCUUCCCCAUUCAAGAUUACUGUCGCACGCCAACCGUCCGCUUCAUCCCGUACACGUACCUCCCUUCCAUUACCUCCGCCGAGUUGAUCUUGGGCUCCAGCUGGACCGACCCCCCUCAAUCAUGGAUCGUCAAUCGUGGUCUGGGCUUGGAGGAGAUGACCGGUCUCCACACGUUGCGAGUCUUUAUCGAGUGCGAUCCUUCUCACCCCGUGUUCGAGGGGUUCCGCAUAUCCAAAAACUUCUACACGGACUUCGCUGGUGGGCUCUUGCAACAGGUCCUCAAGAGGCUGCCGAAUCUGGUCAAUGUCGAGUUCGAUGGGAAUCCCUCUGUCCGUAAGAGUGACGACUUGAUGAGGCGUCUACUCCAUGAGACUCGGGCCGCGAAGAAAAAGAUUAUGUGGGGACCUCAACGGGGAUGGACUGCUUCCGAUGCAGAUGAAGGGCUGCCGAAACCCAUGGUCUACGAGCUCACUUCAACAAAGCGAACAGUGUCGUCACGGAACGUUCCGUUGUUGAAAUGA